GUUGCUUGCGUAGGCCUGCAUAGCAUUUCAAAAAUUGACGUAAUGCUAUUUUGAAUCUAGUUUGUUGAUUUGUUUCUACUUGGGAUGAGAUGUGGUGUGGAGCAAAGGUGACAAGCGAACGUGAUCUUCACGACUUCUAUGAAAAGAAAACUCACACUGUUAAUACUGAUAUUGUUGAAACGUCAAAAGAGACAAAUGGGCAGAUUGAGGGACGUGGGAAUGAAGUUAAAAACGGCCAUGAGGUGAAACCAGGUGAAUGUUUACAAUUACGACGAACGGAUCUGAAUUUCCAUGAGUUAACUUCUACUCCACAAAGUAGUCGGCGUCGCGGAGAUUUAGCCGAUUCCUCGUCCACAACUGACGAUAGCUCAUCAUUAUAUUAUUACACCUCUUCGACAAUCGAGGAUCCCUUUGACGGCACUGAUGGCGCUGGAAUCAAAGUACCUCAGGUCCAAACAAUGAAAACAUUCCACCCGGUAGAAUAUGCAAAGAUAAACGCAGUACGACAGGUGAUAUCGGCGGGUGAACUAACGAACCUGGCAAAUUCCACGUUGAGAGAUUGCAUAAAAUAUGAAACAGAUCAACUAGCGUAUAGUCUGGAUAAUGUUAAGAUUAAUAAUGAUGGAGUGUACAAUAGCUUUGGUAAUCUCCCUCUGUAUAGUAAAGUACCAUAUCAGGACAGUAGUGAUACGGACUACGGGUCAGUUACAACAGACUCAUCGGGACCAAGCUUUGAUAGCACACUGACAAGCGACACAAACCAAACGUAUCAUUUUGCUGAUACGGCUACCUUUACUGACAUCAAUAUCUCACCUAAUCCUAAAAUUGCCAAAUCGGACCACAAUAAUCCACAGAAGAAAUGUGUUAAAAAUACGAUAGAAAACAGUUCUUCUAUAUCUACCAAAAACUCAACACUGGAUCGUACUGGAAGCCGUCUGAGUCGUAGCAAAAAAAGCAAAGAUGAUAAUUGUCUCGACCCUGAGUAUACCACUAACUGUGCCCAGGCCUUCCUAAAUGGCAGCCUACAGAGUCCAUGUGUCAAGAACAGACACGAUGGUUCUGAGAAUGGUGAUGAAAUGAAACUUGUCGUUUUGGGAGGUGUAUCAGUAGGCAAAACAGCAUUAUGCCAAACAUUCGUGAAUGAUCAGUUCCUAGACUGCUGUCUACAGGGAGUAUUGCCCACAGGACUUUAUUUCGGUGGAACAAUCAGAGUCGACGGCGAGGAGGAAAACAUUCGUAUAUUUGACCAUUCCCACACAUUUGUGAGACUCUCGUCCACCCAUCAUCACCAACACUACUUCCGGGACGCCAUUAUCGGAGCAGACGGCUUUGUUUUGAUAUAUUCUAUUGUUGAUAGAAAAAGCUUCGAUGAAAUCAGAAAGUGUAUAGCCUGUGUUAAUUUUUGGAGAAAUUCCAAAUCACUUCCUAUAGUCCUAGUAGCAAAUAAGAUGGAUGUAUCGGAAGACAGAGAAGUUACUGUAGAAGAAGGGAGACAAUUGGCGUUCGAAAUCGGGGCUGCCUUUUACGAAAGUUCCGCUUUCCUUGGAAAUUAUCACGUGACAAAACUUUUCCAUGAUCUUAUCAGGCAGAUAGCAAGUGUAAGACUUCGCCGAGAGUUUGAAAAGGAAUCAGCCAUACAAUCUGAUAAAUUAUGUGGAGCAGAGACACUUCUAGCGGUAAAUGGGCAGGCUGGAGACCAAUGUACCCCACUUGAGCUACCGUGUCCUACAGGGUUUGAGUGCCAUCCAGAUGAGUUAAUGUGCUACGCAGAGCCACCCCCGGUUAACGGUAACAGGCCACACGUAUGGAUAGAUUGUACCAGAGAUGCGGCAGAUUGUGGGGUGUUUGGAUUCGAGUAUGAUGUAUCCCAUCCACGUGGAAGUCCCGAUGAUACUUGGUGCCCGGUCACAAGUGAACGACAUCGAUGCGUGUCUAGGGAAGCUCUCCCGAUAAGUCCCCCAUCUCCCGCCAAUCAACUCCGUGUAAUGUCGUAUAAUAUUUUCGAAAGAGAAUUUGCGAUCACACACGACGGUCAGAGAGAACGGACUUGCAGAAUACCGAGACUAUUUACAGAGCAAUGGCCAUAUUUGGAUGUCGUCUGCUUCCAGGAGGGAUUUAUGGGAGGUUGUUGGCCGGAUCAUGUAUCCCUCCGCGACUUGAUGAGUCAACAUGGUUGGAACUAUAAUACGAGAACUAUCGAUGAUCCUGAUGAGACAGUUGAGAAUGGUGGGGUUUACUUUGCUUCUAGGUGGCCUAUAAUAGAGGAAGACCAACAUAUUUACACGAACUACUCAGACGAAUCCGUCGAGCUUUUUGUUAGUAAAGGAGUCGGUUAUGCCAAGGUGCGAAAGUCGGUGAAUGGGUCAUCAAGAAAUUACAAUCUUUUUUGCUCUCAUUUGCAAGCUGGUGGAGAUUUUGAUGAUAUACGCCUUGGUCAAGCUGGAGAAAUGAGGGGAUUUGCUGACAGUAAAGGCAUUCCACAGACGGAGCCAGUUAUAUAUUUAGGCGAUUUCAACACCGAUAUGUACAAUCCUUUUGUUUUCGAUCCUUUUAUUGAAACACUGGGAGCCGCCAUGCCAAUUAUUGGUCCAGAUAGUCCUCUGAAUGCGACUAUUGACAGAAUGAAUGAUAUCAAAAACAUUUCAUCGGGUGGCGGUGCUCCGAGAUGGCGAUGGAUUGAUCACGUUGUCUUUAGCAAUAGCUAUUUGCAACCUGUGAACGCCUUACAAGAGGCACACAGAAUUUUCCAUGCUCCAAGAUUUCCAGUGUGUUGGUGUGAGCGUUGUAUCACUCUUGAAGACUACAUGUAUCCUGACAACACGGAAUGUGAUAGCACAGAGAAUUUGGGCGACCUCUCCGACCACCACGCGGCAAUAGGGUUUCUGGAGUUUCCAUAAAACUGGCGGUAAUGUCGACAUAUUUUGUCAGUUGUCUCUCAAUCAGCCAUUCUAUGUAAUUGUAUUGUAUUUAAUCGAAUGCAAAAAAUACACUGACUUUCAGAAAAAACAACUUAUACAAACUGAUUAAUAGAUGGAGCUUUUCUUUCUUGUGAUUUUCCAUGAACACCAAAGAGAAAUAGCUUUGACCAUUUAAGACAAGAA